CCCAGGCAGAGGAGGAAGUUAACUAUGCCACUGUUAAUUUCCAGCACAAGACUUCCUCAAGGCCUGCUAAUAUCAAGCAGGAAGAGGAUCCUGUCAUCUAUAGCUCAGUGUCCAGGUAGUGAACAUACAGAACAUAUCUCUGUAGCUCAGUGUCCAGAUGUCAGUGAAGAGCAUUUGAAGGCGUACCAUUCAGCCAAGCCAUGUCAUCUUGCAGCCCUAAACAGUACUUCAACCUUAUGCCUUACUAUAGCAUUGCAAUUGGGUCUAACUUCAGUUUGACCUGAUGAUUUCUCUUUUGUUUUCUUUGUUGUGUUAUGGUACUGUGGCCUACUUUCUCCAUCCAGUCUGCUUAUCUUCCAUCCAUCCAUCCAUCAUCUUCCGCUUGUCCGGGGGUCGGGUCGCGGGGGCAGCAACCUAAGCAGGGAGGCCCAGACUUUCCUCUCCCCGGCCACUUCCACCAGCUCUUCCUGGGGGACCCCGAGGCGUUCCCAGGCCAGCCGAGAGACAUAGUCCCUCCAGCGUGUCCUGGGUCUUCCCCGGGGCCUCUUCCCAGUGGGACGUGCCCAGAACACCUCACCAGGGAGGCGUCCAGGUGGCAUCCUUAUCAGAUGCCCGAGCCACCUCAACUGGCCCCUCUCGACGCGGAGGAGCAGCGGUUCUACUCUGAGCCCCUCCCGGAUGACCGAGCUUCUCACCCUAUCUCUAAGGGAGAGCCCGGACACCCUGCAGAGAAAACUCAUUUCGGCCGCUUGUAUUCGCGAUCUCGUUCUUUCGGUCACUACCCACAGUUCGUGACCAUAGGUGAGGGUAGGAACGUAGAUCGACUGGUAAAUAGAGAGCUUCGCCUUUCGACUCAGCUCCUUCUUCACCACAACGGACCGAUGCAGAGCCCGCAUCACUGCGGACGCCGCACCGAUCCGCCUGUCGAUCUCGCGCUCCAUCCUUCCCUCACUCGUGAACAAGACCCCGAGAUACUUGAACUCCUCCGCUUGGGACAAGAUCUCCUCCCCGACCCGGAGAUUGCACUCCACCUUUUUCCGGUCGAUAACCAUGGCCUCAGAUUUGGAGGUGCUGAUUCCCAUCCCAGCCGCUUCGCAUUCGGUUGUGAACCGCUCCAGUGAGAGCUGGAGGUCACGGCCCGAUGAAGCCAACAGGACCACAUCAUCCGCAAAAAGCAGCGACCCGAUCCUGAGGUCCCCAAACCGGACCCCCUCAACGCCCUGGCUGCGCCUAGAAAUUCUGCUUAUCUUGCACUGUAUUAUUUAGAAAUGUCUGUAUAAUCUUUAUCUUUGAUGUUUAAACACAUAAAUAAAGACUCCUAACUUGAUUAAAUGAUGUGCUCCACCUUUGUUGACAGGACAGGUGUCUCGUCUAUCUAUUUUGUUACAGUCUAACAGUCUGGUUAAUGAGGUCCAA